AUGACGUCUCCAGGAGACGUCGACUGGUCGGAGAUGUGUUCCGAUACCAUGCAAUUGAUUUUCGAAAGCUUAAGCUGUUCAGAUUUUCAUCGAGCAAGAACCGUUUGUUCAAAGUGGUACUCUGCUUCGACAUCAUGCGUUGCAGCAUCAUGGAAUAGGUAUCCAUGGCUGAUACGUUUCCCGGAAAUAUAUUCCGUCUCGAAACCUUUCAAUGAUCUGUUCACUAAGUUGUCUGACACAACCUCUUGUAAGCUGUUAGAUCCUCGAGAAGGAAAGACUUACAGGACAAGAUGUCUCGGAAACAUAUUGUCCGAGAGCCGUUGCCUCGCGAGUUACGGUAUCUGGAUACUGAUGAUGAAUCCGAGUCUCGGUUUCUACGUCUUGAACGUGUUUACCUGCGAGAGAAUCGAUCUUCCGUCUCUAUCACUCCGAGGUGAAGUGAGAUUCCAAAGAAAAGACGAUGGUGGGUUAUUCCUCGAACACUCUUGGUUAGAUCGUGAGACGAUCAUCAACAGGUAUAUCGAGACGGCUGUUUUGUGGAUCGAUGAGAAAACGAAAGAUUUUGUCGUUAGUUGGAUUUACAAUGCUCAUCAGUAA